ACGGCGUGUCCAGGCAACUAGUGCGCGGCAGAGCCCCCCGGCUCACGUUGUCCAAUGAAGACCCAGGAACCGAGUUUGGGGCGGGGCCUCGUGCCUCUUUGAAACGGCGGCGCCGGCUGCAGGAAAAUGGCGGCCCCUCCGCGGAGGCAUCGCUCCCGCUACGCAAAGCAGCCCCGGAGUGACUUUUGUGAUGGCGCUAAGAAGGCGAUUGAUGAACCUUCUCUUACGACUUCCAUGGAGUGGGACACGCAGGUGGUGAAAGGGUCUUCGCCGCUCGGCCCCGCAGGGCUGGGGCCGGAGGAGCCGCCAUCCGGCUCGCGGCUGCCGUGGUGGCUGCAGCCCGAGAGGUGCGCCGUGUUCCAGUGCGCGCAGUGCCACGCCGUGCUCGCUGACUCUGUGCACCUCGCCUGGGACCUGUCGCCGUCUCUCGGAGCCAUGGUCUUCUCCAGAGUCACAAAUAAUGUAGUUUUGGAGGCUCCCUUUCUAGUUGGCAUUGAAGGUUCGCUCAAAGGCAGCACUUACAACCUUUUAUUCUGUAGUUCCUGUGAGAUUCCCAUUGGUUUCCAUCUGUAUUCUACCCAUGCUGCCCUGGCUGCCUUGAGAGGUCACUUCUGCCUUUCUAGUGACAAAAUGGUGUGCUACCUCUUAAAAACAAAAGCCAUAGUGAACGCAUCUGAGAUGGAUAUUCACAACAUAGCUCUCCCAGAAAAGGUUGCAGAGUUGAAAGAGAAGAUAAUGUUAAUGCAUACUCGUUUAAAUUCACUCAUGAAGAUUCUGAAAGAAGUGACUCCUGACCAGUCCAAGCCAACAAACUGAUCCAGAAUCAAAGCUCGAGUGUCCUGUUCAGGCCUUAUUGCUGUCUUCAACAACAGGUGCUGUUUGAUCACUUCUCAAGAAAGAUCAGCUUCAAAAAUGGAUGGGAAAUGUGGUUUAUUAUGUUUACCUCUAGACUGAAUUUUCCAAGUGAUUUGUGAAGCUAUUUCUAGAAGAUAAGAAACUAAGGAGACCUUUGUCCAGGUUUCAUAGCUAUUUGUCUUAAGAAUUUAUUUUAGCUUAUCAAUUUCAUAAUAUUUCAGAAAACAUUUUGACUGCAAAUUUAGGAAUUAAGAGGUAAUGUCCUAUGAGUGCUCUGAUUUAAAGAUGCAUGAUUGGCCUGAAAAUAGAGUUGUACUUAAUGUUGUCUAUUAUUCCUACAUGAAGCAAUUGUCAUGAAUACUGAGAAAUCAUUUUUUUCUUAUGUGAAAUACAGGUACAUACAUAUUCUGUAGGUAAUGCUUAAUAAGUUAACUGAAUAAUAUAUAUUUAUCUUUCCCUUUUCAGUUGUAAACUGAGCUUAACAGGAUAAUAAUGAAAGGAAUGAUAAAAACAUCAAACAUUCACUGAAAUGCUUUCUCAUAUUUUGCUUUAUGUAGCACUGUGGCUCAAUAGCUUAUAUUAUCCAUUUAAUACUUACAAAGUAUUAUGCUAGCUGCUGGGGAUGAAAGAUAAGCAAAAACAAGCUACUCUGUAUCCUCAGAGCGUAUAAUCUAGUCAGAGAUGAACACUCAAAUAACCACAUGAAGACAUUUAAAAUGACAACUGUAGUAAAGGUUUUGAAGAAAAGGGACAUAGAGAUAUAAGCACAUAUAGCAGGUAACUGACCUGGUUUGGAACUCAGGGAAGGCCUCUCUGCAGAAGUAAUAUUUCAGCAGUGGUCUGAAAGAUGAGUAGGAGUUAAUAAGCUGAUGGAGGGAACAGCCUAUACAAAGGCCUGUUGGUGUCCAGAAUCCAGAGGAUGCAAGGCCUUACCAGCCUUCUGAAGGAUAUUUAUUUUUAUCCCAACAACAACGAAAUUUAAAGGAGGCCUAUGACAGGAUCAUAUUUUCGUUUUCAGAACCUCAUGGUUGUGCUGUGGAGAAUGGGUAGCAGUGCAGAAAGCAGACCACUAAGUAGGGGCUGGCACUAGCAUAAUCAAGAGAUGAUACAGCCAAGUGGUGGUGCACAGAGAAGUUAAUGUGGCUCAGAUAUGGCUAGCAGAUUUUUUUUUUUCCUGCACUGUGCAGCAUGUGGGAUCUUAGUUCUACGAGGGAUCGAACCCACACCGCACCCUCUGCAUUGGAAGUGCAGUCUUAACCACUGGACAGCCAGGGGAGUCCCGAGUGGCUAGCAGAUUUAAUAGUAGAUUCUUUUCAUUUUAGACUGCAUAUAGGAUAUUUUCCUUUAAAAAUAUUUUAGAAAAUUCUGCUCCCUUUAUGCUUUUGAGUUACAAAAUUUAGUUAAGUAAGGGCGAAGCCUCUGGCAACAACCAGUACCAGAAAAGCUCUUUUUACUCCUAAGUGAGACCUAAUACUACUAUAUUGAAUCAUCCUGGGGUUUUUAUUGUGUAUGUGUAUGUCUGCCUUAACGUAUUUCCUUAUCUAAAUUAGAAAGCUGUUCUUACGUAGCUAUUUUCCUUAACCUCUGGAUUUGCUGUUUUGGUAGACUUUCAAUGGAAAAUUAAAUGCUUGAACUUAACGUCAAAUUAAGCUGGCUGGCUUUAAGUAUUUUUUUUCUCCCAAAUGCAAAUCACGUUUACUCUAGAGAAAAAUUCAGAUAUAGAUGUGUGACAAAGGAAAGGGUAAAAGUACACUUCCCCUUACAUUUUUGAGAGGCACAGUGUGUAGCGUGCUGGGAGCCAAAUGAUUUAGAUUCAGAUUGUGGCUUGGGUACUUAUUAGCCAUGAACUUGAAGAACUAAACUCUUCUUGUAAAACAGAGAUUAAAAACUAACUAGGGCUCUCAUGAGGAUUAAAUGAGUUAAUGAAUACAUCUAAUGUAAUUAAGAGUAAUGCUUAAUAGUAAGUUCUCAAUAAAUGCUAUUGUAACCUUCAUGCAUGUGGAGAUACAGACAUAAAAGGCAAUUAUAUUUUUCACAUUAUUCUGCAACCUGCUUCUCAUACAUGUCACAGACAGCUUUCUGUACCAGGUCUCACAAAUUAUUUAACACCUACAUAUGAUUCAGUCAUAUGAAUACAUAAGAAUUUAACCACUCUUUUAUUGGAUCCUUGUCAUGUCUUUGUAUAUCUGUCCUGGUAUUUAUGUAGGUGUGAUUCUUCCUAAAGUGGAAGAGUCAAAGGGCGUGUACAAUUUUGAUAUUAUGCCUUCCAUAAAUGUUGUACUAAUACUGUCACUAGUGGUUGACUUUUUUAAACAAGGCCUUAGUGGUAUAAGAGCUCCUCUGGAAGUCUAUUGUCAAUAACUGGCUGAUAUUAACAGAUUCUAAGGCUGGUUAUCAUUUAGCAUUGUAUAUAUGUUGAAUAAGUGAUCUCAAAAUUCCACGUACUUAUAAGAACAAAAAAAUUGCAUAUUGAAAGUCCCCAAGUUGUACACUUUUGAACUCAAUUAUUGGUAGAAACCAUCUCAAUUUUUGUAACUCCAACAUCUAGCACAGUAUCUGAGAGUGGAGUAUAUCAGUGUGUGUUAAAUGAAUAGUCUCAUAAAUCAAAGGAAGGAACUAUUACAUUAGUUGUCACAUCACAAAAACCACAUAGCUUUUGUUCCUCAUUUGACAAUAGCCAAUCCCAAGGACAUUUGUAACAUCUACUUUCUUAAAUUUGAAAAAACUCCUUUGCCCUGAAUCUCGGAGGAUCUCUUCUUAAUUAGUGUUAAAAUGGCUUUAGUUAACUUUUUAAAAUUAAAU